AUGAAUAAAACACAACAUACUCUGUUUAGCUGGGUGCGCAAAGCCACGGCGUCGCCGGUGGAGGGUCGCGGGGGUGCGGGCGGGGCAGACGAGCCCGCGCCCUCGCCCGUGCCGGACGCGGAGGCACCGCGCCGCCGCCGCCACCGCCCACUCUACCGCCGCCUAUUUCACUAUGUCCGCACCGCUUGGACGGGCGUCAAGUUUGCUCUAGCCGCUCAAGCGUUCAACCAACCCGAGCAAGCAGUGUUUGCACAGUAUAAUCAUUGUGUUUGCCCGAGCUCCAAGCAGAAUAUCAAAAUAUCUAAGACAAACAAGCCAAUUCACUAA